UAGUUUGAAGUAUUAAUUAAAAUAGUUUUAAUUAGUUGCAUUAGUUUUGUAUCCAUUAUUAUAUUUGUUGUGAAUUAAUAUUUGUUACAUUUUUUAGAUGGAAGGUGGUAGAUAUUCGGUUGAUUUGGGUAACCUCCAACGCAAUCGAAGAAACGAGAUUGGGAGGAAGAAAUCCCGCAAAGGUAAAGAACUUGCCGGGUCUUCAUCUCAAAGCCGAGAUGAUUUUGAAACGGGUUACCAAAGGCGAGAUGGAGAUGCGAUGUCCGAAGAACAACUCCAACAAGAAUUGGCCCGACAUAAUAACCGCUUUCUACAACAACAACAAAUGCCGACGACCAUUGACGAAGAGGAGCUUGAGGAUGAAGAUGCGGAGGAAUUGGAACCGGAGACGGCCGAGGAGGAGGGUGCCGGCAGCCACGACGCCGACGCGCCUGCCUCAUCCCAAACCGCCACCGGUAAUAAAAAAAGUAAGUCUGAAUUAAUGCAAAAUAAUUUUGAUAAAUGGAAGGACCCACAAACUGGCUAUUGGCACGCAACUUGCAAGUGGUGCAACAACAAUUAUAGUUUGGGAACCUCCGGCGGAUACGGAUCUGCCGCAAGGCAUCUUAAGUCAAAGCACCCCGUGGAGUACGCAAAAUUAGGCGGCGGAACGGGGAAGCAAACUCAAAUAUCGAGUUGAUUUUGAAGAAAAUGAUGACUUUGACGUUCUAGACUGGUGGAAGUCAAAAGAAAGAACGUUCCCGAUUUUAGCACGGAUGGCUAAGCAAGUACUAUCAAUGCCGGUUUCAACAGUUGCGGUGGAACAAGAAUUUAGUUCGGCCGGCAACGUCCUAACGGCAUCUAGAUCGAGAUUGAGCGCGGAGUCUCUUGAGACGCUUAUAUGCUAUCACGAUUGGUUGAAGGCCGCACGUAGAACUCAAGAAUUGAGCAUCACCCCCUCCCAAGAUUUUAUGGAUGACUCAACAACCGAUGGUGGCUCU